UCAGCUGGAAGUCUUUUGUUAUCCCGUUCAUCACGGCCACCCGGCAGGAAUAAUGGUCAACAUGGAGCCCGUCACAUAACCGCGAGCUUUCGGGGGUUUUCAGGUGUUUUCGGGGGGUGUUAGGUUACCACAGCUGCUGAAAAGGCCUAGUAGGGGGACGCUGCCCCAUCACCUGAACCACAAAAGAGGGGGACACACUGAACAAGAUGAGCGAGGAGGGUCCGAGGAAGCGGAACAGCAGCAGCAGCAGCGCCAGCGGCGGGGGGAGUCAGUCGGAGCCUCCAAACUCUCAGUCGGGUGUGGGGAAAGAUGCAGGAGGAAGCUCCGGGGUAGCGCUGAAAAAACAAAUUGGCCUAGGCAGCGCCUGUGGCAUCAUAGUGGGCAACAUCAUUGGAUCAGGGAUUUUUGUGAGUCCUAAGGGGGUCCUGGAGAAUGCCAGCUCGGUGGGUGUGGCGAUCAUUGUGUGGGUCACCACUGGAAUUAUCACAGCUAUUGGUGCACUCUGCUAUGCAGAAUUAGGCGUGACCAUCCCCAAGUCAGGGGGAGACUACUCCUACGUGAAAGACAUCUUCGGAGGACUGGCUGGGUUUCUGCGUCUGUGGAUUGCAGUGUUGGUUAUCUACCCCACUAACCAGGCUGUGAUUGCUCUCACCUUCUCUAACUACGUCCUGCAGCCUCUCUUCCCCUCUUGCCUUCCCCCAGAGAGUGGGCUUCGUCUACUGGCUGCUGUCUGCCUGUUGUUGUUGACAUGGGUCAACUGCUACAGUGUGCGCUGGGCCACAUGUGUGCAAGAUGUCUUCACCACUGGCAAGCUUUUGGCCCUGGGCCUCAUCAUAAUCAUGGGUGUUGUCCAAAUUUGUAAAGGUCACUAUUACUGGCUUGAGCCAGCACACGCCUUUGAGACCUUCCGUGACUAUGAUGUUGGUCUGAUAGCUCUGUCCUUCCUGCAAGGCUCUUUUGCCUAUGGAGGCUGGAACUUCCUCAACUAUGUCACAGAAGAGUUGGUAGACCCGUACAGGAAUCUACCACGUGCCAUCUUCAUCUCUAUCCCUGUGGUCACCUUUGUUUAUGUGUUUGCCAACGUGGCCUAUGUCACCGCCAUGAGCCCCCAGGAACUGCUGGCGUCUAAUGCUGUAGCAGUGACAUUUGGAGAGAAAUUGCUAGGGGUAAUGUCAUGGAUCAUGCCCAUCUCUGUGGCGCUCUCCACCUUCGGGGGAGUCAAUGGCUCCCUCUUCACGUCGUCGCGACUGUUUUUUGCCGGAGCGAGAGAAGGCCAUCUCCCACGUCUGCUGGCCAUGAUUCAUGUCACACGCUGCACUCCUAUCCCCGCCUUACUGUUCACUUUGAUCUCCACUCUGCUGAUGUUGUGCACCAGUGACAUUUACACCCUCAUAAACUAUGUGGGUUUCAUCAACUACCUCUUCUAUGGCGUCACUGUUGCCGGACAGAUUGUGCUGCGCAUCAAACAACCUGACAUGUAUCGGCCUAUCAAGGUGAGCCUGGUAUGGCCAGUGAUCUACCUGCUGUUCUGGGCCUUCCUGCUGAUCUUUUCCCUCUACUCUGAGCCUGUGGUCUGUGGUAUUGGACUGGCCAUCAUGAUGACUGGUGUCCCUGUAUAUUUCCUGGGAGUCUACUGGGAAAACAAGCCACAGUGUUUUGAUAUUACUAUUGGUAAAAUGACUCAUUUGUGCCAAAUGCUUUGUUCGGUGGUUUACCCAGACAUGGGGGAGAACCUGGAGUCCCAUGGUCCAGAAAGGAAAAAUGGAGGCAGAGAGGAUCAAAGACAAAACCCUCAAAUGGCUAAUUGAACAUGUGAACAACUAAGUCCUCACACUUGGAUGUGGUUUGAGGGUGAAAAAAAAAAAAAAAAAAAAAGAAUCCCAGAAAGAGGAGUAUACUUACUCAAAAUGUUAACAUGCUGUCUACAGCACUGGACUCUCUUGCUCUGUUUUUGACUGGCCUUAAUUCUGAACACAGUUGUUUCAGCGUCUGGGAGUGGCUGUUUGAAAUGAAAUAUCACUUACACUGAACAGAAAUUAUGAAUCACUGUCACUUUUUUGUUGUUGCUGUUUUCACCUUAGUAUUUAAACUAUCGCCCUUUUGUUUGUCUUAGACAAUGUAUUGUUUGUGAUGUGAGUCCGGGAGGCUGUGGAAAAAAUAUUUUAAUGUGAUUAUGAUGGGAUAAUGAAGAAAAAGUGUGUAUAUAA